UAUUAAUUCCUGGUGUUUGACUAGAAUAUGUUUGUUAGAUUUAAUUUUUUCGGUCAAAGGAACUUGGAUGGGUCAUGCUAACCAUGUUCCAAUUAAUCUGAAGUUGUGCAGUUAGGAAGAAAUUUCAAGGGUACAUGUUUACUUUCCGAUAAAGAUGAUUCCUGAUUCUUAAUGGAGAGAGAGUACUGCUCCCUCUAGCGUCAACGUUGUCCUUCUCAAUACGAUAUCUCGGUUCAGCAUUUCACAUGGAUGACUUGUAGGAUUCCCAUGGCUCCUUUGGGGAGACAACUAGCAAGGGUGACUGAGCCCUGGAGUGUGGUGAAGAAUUUGAAGAAUUGGACUCACAUUUAGGAGACUGACCAGCUUGGUGGCCAUGAAUGUUCCCAUUAGCCUUUCUUAAACCCAGUUUUCUCAUCUGUACAGUGGGGAGAACGAAUCCUUGUAGCUCCAGCCUCGCAAGAUCCACGUGAAGGAUGACCGCUGGGCAGGCACGAGCAUCGUUGGUGUUUUGGGAGUCAGUGACCUUCAAGGAUGUGGCUGUGGACUUCACCUGGGAGGAGUGGGGGCAGCUGGGCCCAUCCCAGAAGGAGCUGUACCGGGAGGUGAUGCUGGAGAACUACAGGAACCUGGUCUGCCUGGGCCUUGCCGUUUCCAAACCAGAUGUAAUCUGUCAGCUGGAGCGAGGUGGAGCACCGUGGUGGCCAGAGGUCGGAGUCCCGGGAAGCAGCUGUGCAGAUUGGGACACUAGGCCUGACAUCAAGGAGUCAUCUCCGAAGCUGUCCAUGUCUAUAAAAGAACCAUCCCAGAAGACACUCCCAUGGGGUGGUCUCUGUGUCUCUAAAUUGAGAUGUUCCUGGGAAUAUGGUGCUGAAUUAGAGAGACAGCUGAGUCAAGAGGAGAGGCAUUCUAAACAAGUAAAACUCGUCCAAAGGAAAAAUCCCAAUCAAGGAAGAAGAAACGAAUAUAAUAAAUACAGGAGAAGGUUCGAUCUAGAGCCAAUCCUUUUUCCACAACAGAGAGAAUUGAUUGAAAAAAGUCUCCAUGAGUAUGACGUGCAGGAGAGCUUCAGACUGUAUUCAGAGCUAAGAGAAUGUAAUAAUGUAUGCUCAAAGAAGAUAUUGUCUGUGUAUAAUAAAUGUGGAAAAUCCUUCAGUUAUAAUUUAGGACUUAUCAAAAAGCGUGGAAUACAUGUUGGAGAGAAAACUUACGAAUGUAAUGAGUGUGGCAAGACUUUCCGUCAAAGCACAGGACUUAUUCAACAUCAUAGAAUUCAUACAGGAGAAAAACCCUAUAAAUGUAAUGAAUGUGGGAAGGCCUUCCGUCAGAGUUCAGGCCUUAUUCAACAUCACAGAAUUCACACUGGAGAAAAACCUUAUAAAUGUAGUGAAUGUGGAAAGGCCUUCUGCCAAAACUCAGGCCUUACUCAACAUCAGAAAAUUCAUACUGGAGAGAAGCCUUACGAAUGUAAUGAAUGUGGGAAGACUUUCCUCCGGAAUACUGAAUUAACCGAACACCAGAUAACUCAUACUGGAGAAAAACCUUAUGAAUGUAACGAAUGCGGGAAGGCCUUUUGUCAGAGGGCAGAACUCAGUCGACAUCAUAAAAUUCAUACUGGAGAGAAGCCUUAUAAAUGCGAUGAAUGUGGGAAGGCCUUCCGCCAGAUUACACACCUUACUCAGCAUCAUAAAAUCCACACUGGAGAGAAACCUUAUGAAUGCAAUCAGUGUGGGAAGACCUUUCGCUAUAGCUCACACCUUACUCGACAUCGUAGAACUCAUACAGGGGAGAAACCAUACGAAUGUUAUGAAUGUGGAAAGGCCUUCCGCAGGAGUUCUCACUUUAUUCGACAUCAGAUAAUUCAUACUGGAGAGAAACCUUAUAAAUGUAGGGAAUGUGGGAAGGCCUUUCGCUGGAGCACAGGACUUAGCCGACAUCAGAGAACUCAUAACGGAGAGAAACCUUAUUAAUGUAAAGGAUUUGACAAAGUCUUCUGUAGUUCAUGCCUUUCUUCAGCAGUAGGGAUUUAUACUGGAGGGAAGUCUUAUGAAUGUAAUAAGUAUGGGAAUGCCUUUUCUCUUGCCAUAUCAGGUAAUUCAUAGUAGAGAGGAACAUGAAUAUAAAUGUGGGAAAUCCCUUUCCCAGCAAAUAAAAUUUAGUAAGUGUCAGAUAAUUAAUCCUGGAGAAAACCUUUAUGAAUGUAAUAAUAGAGGGAAGGCUUUUUUCCAAACAGAAUACCUUACAAUAAAUCAUAGAUGUAGAACUAAAAGGGGCCUCGGUGAAUGUCUAGCCCACACUCCUUUUUGGUGAUGUGGAAACUGAGGCCCAAGGGGGUGAUUUGCCCAAGGUCACACAGGCAGUCUUUCCCUCCUGGGAGUUGGAAGGAAAUCCCUCCAAACACAUGUAGCCCUAGAGUACUAUGGAGCUUGAGGAAAGGUGGGCAGAGUGCCUGCUCAGAAAAGAGACAAAGAGGGAGGAAGCUAGCCUGGGGUAGGGAUGGAGGCUGGCGUGGUGCCUGAAGUGUUUCAGAAUCUGGGAAAUAGGUCAGGUGGCUUCAGGCAGAAACUCAGUAGCUCAAGUCUCCAAAAUGCAUCCCUUUCUGUUGCCUUCACAGCUCUAGGGCCCUACCAUGUCCCCAUUAUCACAGGGAGGACCCUGUAUAUCCCUGGUACAUAUCUUCCCUUCAUGCCUGGCAGUAGGAAUUAUCUGGGACAGAGGGGGGCCUCACAUUCCUUGGAAGUUCCUAUCCCCUGAGUCAGGCUGCAACUUGUUGCAGAAAUUUAGAUUUCCACACCCUCAAGGAUCACAGAAUCAUAGGUCUAGAGCUGGAAAGCACCUGAGAAGUUGUGAGGAUCCAUUGAAACUUUGUAUGGUGCUUGGCACAGUGCCUGGGGCCUAGCAGGCAUUAUGUAACGCUGGCUCUUAUUAGAGGAUAGUGAAGCUUUUCCAGACUGGGAAUAUCUGGGUCAGAGAAGAGAAGGCUUACAGAGGGAGGGAAGUAACAGUUGUCUUGGGGCACAGAAGAAGGAUUCUGUUUGUUCUGUUUGUCCCUAGAAGAGCAGUCAGGAAAGUUUUAAAAGAAAAUUUAGGCUUGACGUGAUAAGGGAAAACUUGAUGGCAGUUAGUAGACAAUCCAUUAGUAGGUAGUAGGUGACCCCUCACUGGAUACCUUUAAGCAUGGUCUAAAAGAGAAUUUUGUUGGUAUGUUUGGGGAGUUAGUGUUCCUAUAUAGUCUAAACUAGAUUACUUCUGUGGUCCUUUCCAGUCCUGAGAUUCUGUGAUUCUCAUUCUGAGAAUUCAUAGUGUUUCUCCACUAUGUCUCCACUUAGUCGACACCAUAAAAUUCAUACUGGAGAAUAAGCCUUAAGAAUGUAGUAAAUGUAACUUUUCCUGUGCACUUUCAAAUCACUCUCUUAGGAGAUCCUAUAGAUUUGCAGCUCUGUUGCUAAUGAAUGAGUACUUGUCUUUUCACCCUUUCAUGCACAUUGAGUUCCUGCUUUGAGCUAUUUUUGCUGGUUUUUACAAGUAUAAGAUGUUGCCUCAAUGUUGUUUGUAUUUGCAUCUUUGAUUAUUAGUGAACUCUCUAUCUGCAUCCUUGAUCUCAUUCUAUCCCAUCUGCACCAGCAAAAUGCCUUCUCUAUCAUCUCCACUCUCUCUUCAAUCUCUUUUUAUCUACUGGCUCCUUCCCUACUGGCUAUAAACAUAAUCAUGUCUCCCCCACAUUUAAAUACUCUCACUUGAUCUGACCAUCACCAAUAGAAAUUGUCCUACGUCUCUCCUCGUGUGGCUAACCUUGAGAACACUGCCUACGAUCAGCGUUUUCAUUUCCUCCCCUCUCACUUGCUUCUAAACCCUCUGUACUCUGGCAUUCAGCUUCAUCAUUCAACUGAAACUGGUUUCUCUAAAGUUACCAAUGAUCUCUUAAUUGCCAAAUCUAAUGAUCUUUUCUUCAUUUUCAUUGGUACAUUUUACCUUCCUUUCAGGGAGCUUUGUUACAAUAAUGAAAUACCAACAAUUCUCUGCACGAAUGUGUGUCAUAAAACAUCUGAUUACUAAUGGUUGAAUAAAUUGUGGUCCAAAAACGUAAUGGAAUUUUAUUCUGCAAUUAAGAUUGGCAAGUCUGAGGAAUAUAAGGAGAUAUGGAUAAUGUUGAGUGUAUAAUGAAGAUCCAGGAGAACAGUGCUAGGAAUGAGAAUGAAUGGAAAACUAAGAAUCCUGAUGGAGACAUAUAGGGCUGGGUUGAAAAGGUGUUUUGGUAUUUUGUAGGUUAAAUUCCAUUUGUUUAAAUGUAAAUAGUUGCAAAACAAGUUUAAUUGUAUUGAUGUUCAAGAUUGUUGACAAUGUGUAGGGGUACUGGUAUAGUGGAUGGCGAGCUGACCUCAGAGUUUGGAAGACCAUGGUGCACGGUGCCUCUGACGCCUGCUGGCUGGAUGCUGGACAAGUCCCAGCUUCUCAGUGCUCCAGGCAGCUGGGUAAGACUAUGAGGUUCAUGACCAGUAUGGUCAAAGGGGUCUUUCUCACUAUGGGCUCCCUAUACUAAUCCAGUCAAAGUUUAGUCAAAAAUUUUGUAUAUAAUAAAUGCUUUAUUAAAAGAAAAGUUACAAAUACGA